UCGACACUGUUAUUCGACAAAUCCGAGAGGAAUAGGGGGUGCCUCAGAUUAAAAUUAAUGAAUCGCGGUUACGAUGUCUUCAAUUAGCCAACUGAACGGACCUUAAUGAGCCAGCCGCCUGCAGUAGACACCGAAACAUGACCCCGCCUCGCGGCCACAUACAAUCACGGAACACAGUCUACACGCACAACCAGAAGAAACAGGAGCACCCCAUCCCCGUGUUAGUGGCUGGAGAACUUCAAAUCUCAUCCUUCUAUAACCAUGGAGCAAUCGGUGUCGGCGCGGUGGGUACGUCGCUAUCGCGCCUUCUUCCUCGUGCUGCUGCUAAUCGUUGGCAUCCAACUGUUCUUGGCGUACAAAUCCCUGGACAUUGCCGGCGGCAGUGGCUCCGGAUCUGAUGAGAUCGAGCUGCCAGCCAAUCCGCCCUCUCCUCAGGCUGAAGCCCAGAGCCGGCCGCAGUCUCCGACUCCCACCAGGACUAAGCUGACCGCCCUCCAGCUGGGCUUCCAGCCAGAGUGCGACAUUCUUGCCAAAGAGGCCAUAUCCGCGUUACAGCGCGCCAAAACGAAAGACUGCCGAGAACAUAUCGCGCACACAGCCUGCGCCAUCCAGGCGGGUCGCUUCUAUGCGCCCCAGCUUCGUAGUAGCUGCCCGGCGGGCAACCACACGGCCAACGUGUCCCUUGGCUGCUUCAAGGACGAAAAGGAACGAAGAAUUCUUGCGGGAUACUACAGCAGCUCCAAGACAUCCAAUUCACCAAGCAGUUGCGUGCACCUUUGCCUUCAGAGUGGCUACCCGUACGCAGGAGUUCAGUACGGGAGGGAAUGCUUCUGCGGAUUCGACCCGCCACCAUCGUCCGCUAAGCUGCCGGACUCUAGUUGCAACACCAAGUGUCUGGGCAAUGGAAAGGAAAUCUGUGGAGGCUUCUACGCUAUGAACAUCUAUGAGACGGGUAUAGCCAAAUUUACUGCCCAGGUAGCAGCUACAACAGCACCGCCGGGAGCCAAGCGCGUGCGGAUCGCAUUUCUGCUGACUCUCAAUGGACGAGCGCUGCGUCAAGUGCAUCGAUUGCUGAAGGCGCUCUAUGCGCCGGAGCACGUUUAUUACAUUCAUGUGGACGAGCGCCAAGACUAUCUUUAUCGGAAAUUGCUGGAACUGGAGGCAAAGUUCCCAAACAUUCGCCUGGCCAGGAAGCGCUUUUCCACAAUCUGGGGAGGAGCCUCUUUGCUCACCAUGCUGCUCCAGUGCAUGCAGGACCUGCUCAGCUCGAACUGGCAUUGGGACUUUGUUAUUAACCUCAGCGAGAGCGAUUUUCCAGUAAAGACUCUGGACAAGCUAGUGGACUUUCUGAGCGCCAAUCCGGGCAGGAAUUUCGUGAAGGGCCAUGGCCGCGAAACCCAGAAGUUCAUCCAGAAACAGGGCUUGGACAAAACCUUUGUGGAGUGUGACACUCACAUGUGGAGAAUAGGAGAUCGUAAGCUUCCGGCAGGGAUUCAGGUGGACGGAGGCAGUGACUGGAUUGCCCUCUCCCGGCCAUUCGUGGUCUAUGCCACCCAUCCGAGAGAGAAUGACGAGCUGUUGCAGGCGUUGCUGAAGCUCUUCCGUCACACUCUGCUGCCGGCAGAAUCCUUUUUCCACACCGUCCUGAGGAACACCGAGCACUGCACCAGCUAUGUGGACAAUAACCUGCACGUGACCAACUGGAAGCGGAAGCAGGGAUGCAAGUGCCAGUACAAGCACGUGGUGGAUUGGUGUGGCUGCAGUCCAAAUGAUUUCAAGCCGGAAGACUGGUCCAGGCUGCAGGCCACCGAGCAGAAGUCUCUGUUUUUCGCUCGAAAGUUCGAGCCUAUCAUCAACCAAGCCAUACUACUGCAGCUGGAAGAGUGGCUCUACGGUCCCUACACCAGCGAGUAUGCCAACCUAUACGGCUACUGGCAGUCGAUUUACCAUCACGAGGAUGUCCACGGGUCGGGAAAUGAUCUGGCGAGGAGCAUCGGCGAUAGCGUUAUGCGAUUGUCUGCCCGGCAGUUGAAGAUCGACCCCUUGGAGCUAAUAGAACUGACACACUACCUGCACCGUGACCAGUACAAGGGCUUCCUGGUACGCUACCGGGCUAGGGGAACAGCUGGGAAUCCAUUGCAUGUGGAAACACGAGUGCGCCCGGUGCAGCAUGGCAAGCUGGCGAGGAAUGCCCGGUUCAGCAAGAGGCUGCGGAACUUUGAAGUAUCUACGGAUUUUGAUCAAAAGGAACAGGUGGCUCGGAACUUUGGCAAAAUGUUGGGUCCCCAAAGCGAGCUCCUGUUGAGUUACACACUCCAGGCCUCUGCCGAGUCUGGAGGGGCUGCCCACUCCUACAACCUGACACUGCUGUGGAUCGAUCCGUUGGGACGCCUGCAGGACUUUAAUGAGCUCCAUAUCGAGGACUCCGCCAGCGAUGUGAUCAACCACUCGAAAACGCUGCUAAAGCCACCACUCACGCCCGGAAUCUGGACGGCGAAGCUAAUAGGACGCAGCUCCAUCUACGCGCAGCUGAAAUUUUUGAUAUCGCCUCUGGCCUACUGGAAAGGAUACCCCGUAGAGACAUCUUCCGAGGCGGAGCAGCUUAACGGAGGCCUGGCAGUGGCGCUACCCGACGACUUUGAGCUGCCCGUGGAAUGGCAGCAACACCUGCACUCUGACGAUGAGCAGUUCACCCUACGCGAGGAAUCCACGGCGAAGGGCAAGCUUGUGGGUCGAGAGCUGCACAGUUGGAUUGAUGGAUUGGUGGCCAAGUUCUUUCAGCUGCGCGAGAGCUGUGCGGUGGAGGCUGAUACCGAGAUGUCGCUGCCGCUGUGCAGCGAUGUGGCGUGGAGCUCCCUGGCUCCCGAUCCCAAGAGUGAUGUGGAUGCCCUGCUCAAAUGAGCCACGAUUGCCAACGAUGCAUAUUGUUAUUAAUUAUUUAGUGUAAAUACUCGCCAGGUAGAGAUACUUUUCGAAGAGUCAAUUUUUAUAGAUAGUUUUCUUCCCUACCAUUAAUUUUUUAAUAGAUUGUUGUGAUAAAUGUCAAAUUGUAACUAAGCGCCAUCUAGACUGGAAGCGGAUCCUCUUAUCCGCUCCUGUAAUUUCAGUGUUUUUUUUUUUUUAUUAUAAUUUUAAACAUAGCAUUUUGAAUAUUAGAUAUAAGUAAGAUCGAACGCCUUGUAAAUAUGCAACGCACUGGACACCAAAUGGACACUCGUGGAUAUUCCCCCGGUUAACUGUAAAUAAGGUUAGCUAGACGCAAUUCCUUAACUAAGUCAUAAGUUAAGGCAACACCAGAUAGCAAU